UACGUAAAGCUGGCGCUCCGGUUUCCCUGGCGGAGAAGAUGGCGGCUCCGGGACCGGGGGAGUAUUUCAGCGUCGGGAGCCAUGUCUCUUGCCUCACCUGUUUAGGCCAGCGUUUGCAGGGAGAGGUGGUGGCUUUCGAUUAUCCGUCCAAGAUGUUGACUUUGAAAUGUCCUUCCUCCAGCGGUAAGACCAACCUCAGUGACGUCAUCUUGGUGAACUUAGCCUACGUUUCAGACGUGGGUGUUAUUAACGACCGCACUGAGACUCCUCCUCCUCUAGCAUCCUUGAAUAUUAGCAAGCUAGCCAAUCGGGCGAGGACAGAAAAGGAAGACAAGUUGUCCCAAGCCUAUGCAAUCAGUGCUGGGGUGUCAGUCGAGGGCCAGCAAUUAUUCCAGACUAUACAUAAAACCAUCAAAGACUGUAAAUGGCAGGAGAAGAACAUCAUUGUCAUGGAUGACGUGGUGAUCUCUCCACCGUACCAGGUGGAGAACUGCAAAGGCAAAGAGGGAAGUGCUCUCAGUCAUAUACGCAAAAUUGUGGAGAAGCAUUUUAAAGACGUGGAGAGCCAGAAGUCGCUGCAGCGCACACAAGCACAGCAAACACAGAAGGACUCGUCUCUAUCCUCCUGAGUGGGGGGUGUGUCUCCUCUGAGGAGGGCGGCAGGGCAUCGAGGGCCUCGGAGCUGGUGUGAGCCAGCGCUCUUCUCCCGCUCGCCGGCGGGGCCCGAGGGCGCACGCACCACGGCCCUAGGGUCUGGAAGAUCAAAAGAAACAAACACACAAAAAAAAAAAAACAUUAAAAAAAAAAAAAAAAGCAAAAAUGUUUUAAGAAAAAACCACAAGAGUGAAAAGAGUUCAUUCUAAAUUAGACUUUAUAAAGAUAAUUUAAAACACCAACCAUCAAACCAACCAUAGUUUCUUUGACUAACUUACAGUGUCUUAUCCCCUCUCUGCCCCUUCUUCUUCCUCCUCCUCCUCCUCCUGUGUUUCUUCUGAAAUAGCUUUUCAUAUGUUCUUCUUACAUCCCUCCUUCGCCUUCUAUUCCAUUUUGUCAAAAAAAAAAAAAAAACAAACCAGUCAGAAAAGCUUGUUAGCUUUUACUUUUUGCUUUUUUUUUUUUUUUUUCCUUUUGGCUGUUUAUGUUCUACGAUUGUCUGUCUCUUCUGUAUUUUAAACGAAAUGUGACUUCAGAUGCCACACGUUACAAAGGACGUUUUCUAAAAUAAAAGUAACAAAAAUUCUGACUGUAA